AUGUUCAAGCUCGUGUCGAGUCGCGUGACGCCCUCGUACCGCGGCGUGGGGCCGCCCUUAUCGCAGGUUGCAUCGUACCCGCUGCUGCCAGCCGGAACGAAGCCCAUCUUCAAGCUCAAAGAGGCGAGGGACUCGUUUGACGCUGACCGGGCCAAGCAGUUCAAAGUUAUCACGGCCCUCUUCAACUCCAAGGAGGCCGGCGAGUCGUGGCUCAAGAUGCGCGACAACCCCGUGUUUGUGCACCUCGCGCGGUUCCCCGACGUCGCCAAGAACCUGUCGGUCCUGAAGGAGUACAUGAAGAACAACUACUUUUGGGUGCGCGAAGAGAUCGAGGGCCGGCAGGGGCGCAUCGAAACCAUCCCGGCCGACGAGCUGGGCACCAAGCUGUACGAGCAGCAGCGGCUCGACAAGUACAAGUCGUACAUCUCGGGGCCCUACGCCGACUACCUGCGCAAGCUCGAACUCGACCCCAUGGCACCGUCGCAGCCCGACGAGGCCACCAAGGCCUACGCCGCGCUGCUCAAGGAGCCGAAGACUUACAUCGAGGCCACCGUGGUCCGCGCCGCGUGCGCCGUGGGCUGGUCGAUGGCGCUCCGCCGCAUCCUCGACGACAACUACACGGUCAAGAAAGGCCCCUUCUACGAGGGAAUCAUGCUCGAGAACGUGACCGACUCGUUCACGUACUUCAAGGACACCGGCGAGGAGGCCGUUGAGUACGUCACCACGGGCUACUCGGGCACCGCGCGCCGACUCUCUGAACAAAUCGACGGCCGCCUCCUCGGCCCCGACGGCGUCAUUGUCUGGGACGAGCCCACGCGCAAGCGCCUCGCCGACCUGACGCGCCGCGCCCUCGACGCUGAGUACAACAUGUUCCUGGCCUCGUGGGUCAAGGUCUAUGGCGCCGUCCCUGUGCCUCCCAAGGUUUAA